AUGUGGAGCAGGGACGAGAAGGCACUUACUGGAUCUGUAGCGAAGUAUCACACACACAGCAGCAGGUACCGCCCCCCGUCAAAUAAAGAACUGCUGCUGCUGAGCAGCUCUGCAGAGAAUGGCACCCAGCGGACCCGAAAGCGGCGUAAGAAGAGGCGCGCGGCGCGGGCGCAGGUGGCCGGCGCGCCGCGGCGGACAAGAGCGGCGCCCCGCAGCAAGUGGCGCGUGCUUCCGGCCGGCAGCCCACCUGUGACAGACCAGCGGCCGAGGCCGCGUCCGGCUUCCCACCUCACUCCCCAGACCGCGAAACUCGCACGCACCAUUUCCCGGGAGCGCCAGCGCAAGCGCAUCCAGAAGCGAGCCCGGUGCGCGGCACCAAGGCCGCAGCCGCAGCCGCUGCCAAUGUCCUGGUCCGCGACGCGACGCGUGACCGGUUUCGAACGGGCGACCCGCUGGGUGCGCCGCGCGGCCCGCUCCUCUGACCUUUACCCAAAUUUACAUACGAGGGCCGCAACCGGAGCCGUCGGCCCACGCCACGCGGCUCGUUUCCCGGUCGCUGCCGCCGGCAGCCGGCCGCCUCGCCGAUCCAAUUGUGUGCCCGGCGCAGCGGCGCGCGCUUCGCCCUCUGUUGUCGAGGCCCACCAGAAAGAAAGGCCGUGGCGCGUACGUUACAGCACGUGA